UGGCAGUGGCCGCCAUGAUCUAGCUCGGGUCCAUUUCGGGUCCGCCGCCGUCCGCCCACCCAGACUUGGUCGCUCAGACGAUAGUCCCAAGCUUAUACCCUCCUUAUUUCUCACCUCAUACUCCUCUCUCGACCCCCCAUGUCGACGCUCUCGCACUACGGCAAGGGCGCCCUCCGCGUGGCCAAGAACUACACCAAGGGCUACUCUGGCACACAGGCCAAGGUCCGCGAUGCAACGUCAAACGACCCAUGGCCCCCGUCGGGCAGACAAAUGCACGAGAUUGCCCAGAUGACUUACAACCAAGAAGACUUUGUGGAAAUCGUGGAGAUUCUGGACAAGCGACUCAACGACAAGGGGAAGAACUGGCGGCAUGUAUUCAAGUGUCUAACAUUGAUCGACUACCUCCUCCACGCCGGAUCCGAAAACGUCAUUCUUUACUUCAAGGAAAACCUCUAUGUUAUCAAGACCCUCCGAGAGUUCCAAUACGUGGACGACGAGGGCAAAGACCAGGGCGCCAACGUCCGCCAAAAGGCCAAGGGCAUCGUCUCCCUCCUGCUGGACGAGGCCCGCCUCCGACACGAACGCCGGACCCGCGCGCAGAUGUACGAGCGCAUGUCUCGCGCGCGGCGCUCGGACGAUUCGGACGUAACGGACGACGAGAACGCUCGCAGGCGCAGUCGGCUCCCUACUGGCCGACCGUCGCCGAACCGGGAAGACCGUGAGGGGGACCUGCGGAGAGCACUCGAAGAGAGCAAGCGCGAGGCGGAGAGGCAGCGUCAGACGGCGGAGGAUCGGGACCUGCAGCGGGCGCUGGAGCUGAGUAAGGAGGACGAGGAGAAGAGGCGGCAGUCUUUGCAGGACGCGAACCUCGUUCUGUUCAAUGACCAGGGGCAGCCAGUACAGCAGCCGCAGCCGGCUCCGCUUAUUGACGCGACGUUGCCGCUGCAGUAUGCGACGACCGGGAUCGAGCCUCAGUACACCGCUAUGCCCAUGCAGCCACAGUUCACUUCCUUCAACCCGUUCCAGCAACAAGCCCAGCAGGAGAUGCUAGCUGCGCAAUACGCGCAGCAACAGGCGGAAUGGCUCGCAAUGCAGCAAGCGCAAGAGAUGCAAGUCAUGCAGCAGGCCCAACUGCAGGCGCAACAAGAGGAAUGGAUGCGGCAACAAGCAGCGCUGCAAGUGCAAGCCACAGCGCAGCAACUGCUCAUGCCCCAGCCGACCUCCACGCGCAUCGGGUCGAACAACCCCUUCGCACCCGGACCCCAGUCCGCGCCGCCUUUGCAGCAGACCUUCUCGGCGAACCCGCCGCGCUCCGGGCCCGUGUCGUUCAGCCUCACAGGCACGUACGCGAACCGCGACAGCACGUUCCUUCGAGACUCCGCGCGCUCGCCGCCCGCGCACGAACGCCGCUCUGCGUCGGAGGCGGGCACGUCCGCCGCGAGCGCGGGUGGCAGGCCCGGGCGCACGCCGGGCGCGGACGGCCAGCAUGCGAGGCUGGCGAGCCUGUUUGCGGCGCGCGGGGAGGACGGCGUGGAUACGUUCGGGAAUGUGGGCAACCUGCGGUUUGCGGCGACGGAUGCGGGGAGGAUCGUCGCGCAGAAGACGGGCCAUACGAGUCAUAAUCCGUUCUUGCAGCAACAACAGCAGGAGCAACAGCCCCAGCAGAAUGGACAUGGGCGGGAGGGCUCGUUGAUUGAUCUGUGAGUAAUACGAAUGCGUUGUACCCUCGACGCGUUGUAUCCUCGGGCCCUCGGUGUUGCUGCUUGGACCCUUUCUUCUUUGUACUCUUCGCGUUGCUACCUUACCCCUUUCGUUGAGGAUCUCUCGGGGGAGUCUGGAUACGGGAUACUCCUUGCGUCCUAGUGUAAUGGCCGUAACGUCUAUACGCUACAACUGUCUAGCCAACUGCCUCGACUGCGUAGAUAUAAUUGUACACUAAUGCGCCUAGCUUCGCCGCUGGGCUGACUAAGUUAUUGUAUUACUGUAAUAUCAUCGCCUGUUGUCACUGCGGACAAA